AUGGAGCAGGGACUGAAUGUGACGUAUUUAGCUCUGGAUGGACAUGUGGGGGUUCAUGAGUUCAGGUACCUUUACUUUGUUCUUGUUCUGAUUGUGUAUGUCCUGAUUCUCUGCAGUAAUUGUACUGUAGUUUACCUCAUCUGGAAACAGCCAGACCUCCAUGAGCCCAUGUACGUGUUCAUCGCUGCUCUGUUACUCAACUCUGUUCUUCUCAGCACCAACAUCUACCCAAAGCUGCUGCUGGACUUUCUGUCAGACACACAGAUCAUUUCAUUCUCAGCCUGCCUCUUUCAGUUUGUUACUCUAUAUUCGCUGGUGGACUCAGAGUUCCUGCUGCUGGCGGCCAUGGCCUACGACAGAUACGUGUCCAUCUGUCGGCCCUUGCAUUACCAGUCCAUCAUGAGAAGGAAUGUGGUGGGCAUCCUCCUAGCUUUAUCGUGGCUCCUUCCUGCCUGUCAAUUUGCUGGAUUAGCAGCUAUGAGGGUCAAUCAGAAGCUCUGCAGAUUCUCUCUGAAAGUCAUCUUCUGUAACAACUCCAUGUACAAACUGUUCUGUGAGACUUCAGCUGCUGUUUCCUUUUACGGCGUGUUUGUCUUGAUCAAUCUCAGUUUGUGUCCUGUGAUCUUCAUCGUGUUCACCUACACCAGGAUCCUUCUCAUUUGUUACCGCAGCAGUGCAGACGUGAGGAGGAAAGCUGCUCACACCUGUUUACCUCACCUGCUGGUUCUCAGCAACUACUUUUUUCUCAUAACAUUUGAUGUCAUUACAGUUCGACUGGAAGCUGAUAUUCCACAUAUUCCACGUUUAAUCAUGACGCUGCAGUUUGUUGUGUACAAUCCUCUGUUUAAUCCUGUUAUCUACGGACUUAAAAUGAAGGAGAUUUCUAAGCACCUGAAGAAGUUGUUGUUUCAACGUAACAUUGCAGACACACAAUGA